AUGAAAGCCUUCAUCGAAGAAAUCCGCAGCGGCAAGCGCGAGCAAUCCGUCAUCUCCACCAAAGCCCUCUCCGCCGACGAAAAAGAAGGCUGGAAACAACUCCGCAAGGAACUGCAAGAUGCGGGCAUUAAUUACGAGUGUUUCACACAGAGCUUCGACAUGAUCUACGCCGCGCUGAAGGAAUCCGAUCUCGGCGGAGAUCUUCCUCAACUCGAGGAUAUUCCGCCCGAUACGAUUCGCUCUUCGCAGGAUGGGUUGUUGUCAUAUGGCCAUGUCCGUGAUUUGGCUACCAAUAUGGCGUCUGCGUGGAUGAAUCAGAUCUCUGAGUAUACUUAUGCGUCUCCGCGGUGGAAUUCUAUCAGCAAGCAAUCUCGUCAGGCUCUCUCUGGAUUGAAAGUGCAACCUACUCACGUCAGUCAUAUGGUUUCCAAGGCGAUGGGGCAUCGGAUUGAUUUGGUUUCUUGUGCCGAAGAUGGGGACUUGACUUCUGUUUUGAAUCUGUUGAAAAGAGGGGCGAGUAUCAAUGUGACAGCUGAGGGGGGUGAGACUGCGUUGUCGCAGGCUGCUGCGAAUGGUCAUAAGGAAAUUGUUCUCCUGCUCUUUGCUAAAGGUGCCGAUUUGGAUCCUGUGAAUCAGCAGGGCGAGACUGCAUUCGUGCAGGCGGCGAAGAAUGGACAUCAGGAAAUUGUCCAGAUUCUGCUCAGUCAUGCGGAAACCGUGGCGAAUGGUCGGUCUGGUCCGGAUGCCCUCAAGAAGGCGGCUGAGAAUGGCCAUGCAGAGAUUGUUCGCAUGUUGCUGGAGCGAGGGGUCAAUGCUGAUGUUCUUGAUUCCGACGAUCAAUAUGAUAAUACCGCUUUGUCUAGGGCUGCUAGCAAUGGUCACGAGGCAGUUGUUAUAAUGUUGCUGAAACACGGUGUGCAGAUCAAUCUGGCCAACUAUUGGGGUGAAACGGCGCUGUAUCAUGCCGUUGCUUUGGGGGAUAGGAGGGUCAUUCAUCAUCUACUCAGGUUUGAUGUUGAUAUUGACCCUAGGGCUGAGCAUCGAGCUCGGGAGAAUGUCAGGCUUUUUGGUUGGUUGAAGGCGGAGCAGGAGGCGAGGGAGAAAGGGCUGAUCGGGAAUACCAGUCCCAUGUCUCCCAAGUCCCCUCCUCGGCGAGGCCAUGAUCGUAUGAAAUCGGAGGCUGGUCGUCUAUGGGACUCAGCCUGGGGACGGCCACCUGGAGGAUGGUCGGGGCGUGGGCGUGUGAGUGCAAGUGAGAGUGAGAGUGCGAAUGCGGUUGAGCAGACUUCAAACUGA